CACACACGCACACACCUACACGCACAAACGGCAUACAAAAUGCCCUUCAGACUCGACAACUCGAGCAAAAUCACUCUUUUCGUCCUUUUCUGCGGCCUGUGCGUCAUACUGGUCUUUUUCUUCAUCUUAUAUCUGGUGAAGGUCAGGGAGAGGAUGCUUGGUACCGGGGACGCCGAGGCCUCAUCCGAGGUUUCCGAGGUCGACUCGGAGGACCAGCGGAGCAUCGAUUCGUUGGACAGCUGAAUUGGGUGUGGGCUGGAGGAUAAUUUCUUUUGUGCGGCAUGCAUUUUUUGGUGUUUUUGGAGGGCUGGAUAGGCGGUGUUUAGUGUACCAGUUUUGCAGACGAUAGGAAUCCAUAGG